UCAGCUUCAGUAGAUGUGGAGUGUGCUCAGAAGGAGGGCUUCUCUCUACGGAGAAGAUAGUCCAAACUUUCCUCUCCUCUGUGUCCAUCCAUAGCCGUGUUCGGGUCGAGGAGGAGGAUAAAUGAGAAAAUGCUUGAAGAGUCUCAGACGGGGAAGCGCUUCUUUUACCAGAGGACGGACAUUACAGCCGCUUUUCGGGUGACUUCAGACAGCGGCGCGGACAAACUGAGACUCGAACUGUGUUGAAUGGCGGAAUUUUCUGCUAAAGUCUGGAUUUCCAAACGGUCGAAACCCACAGAGAGAGGAAAGGAGCGGGGGAGGCGCUGGGAAAACGCCCUGCUGCCUGUUGCUGCUGCUGCUGUCUCCAAAUUCAAACUUUCGAACCGAGUUGAGGAAAAUAUGCAUCUUUCACUUAACGGGAGGUGAACAUUUCAAAGCCGACGUCGUUGAAAGAAAAAUACUCCCAGCUAUCAUUACUACCUGGGUGACUAGUCGCUGGAAAUCUCUUUGGAAUAUUUUCAACUACUGUUUUUCUUUAGUUUUUUCUACCUUUGGUCAGUAUUCCAGUUGUUGGAGCUAUUUGGGUGCUGCUCCUCCAGGCCUCCAGCCGUUAGCCAGGAACAAAAGAGGGGCUCCCAUGUAAAGUCCUCACAGUUCAGAGAGAAACUUUCCAAUAAUUCCCAGGAAAAAAAACAACAACUUUGUUUUAUUCAGCCAUGUCGCUGGGCGCCGAGAGGAGGAUGGAAAACCGCCUGAAGAGGCUGGAGGACAUGAUCAAGGACCCCCGAUGUGCCAUAAACCUGGAAAGUCUACUGGACUCCAUAAAUGCGCUGGUUUUGGAUUUGGAUUACCCGGCACUGCGCAAGAACAAAAACAUUGAAACCUUUUUGAACAGAUAUGAGAAGGUUAUCAGAGAGCUUCGAAAUCUUCAGAUGAAGUCUGAAGACUUUGAGAAAGUUAAAAUCAUCGGUCGAGGGGCUUUUGGUGAAGUCCAGCUGGUCCGACACAAACCUUCACGGAAAGUCUAUGCCAUGAAGCUGCUGAGCAAGUUUGAGAUGAUCAAGCGCUCCGACUCUGCAUUCUUCUGGGAAGAAAGAGACAUCAUGGCCUUCGCCAACAGUCCCUGGGUUGUACAGUUGUGCUGUGCCUUCCAAGAUGAGCACUACCUCUAUAUGGUGAUGGAGUACAUGCCAGGAGGCGACCUGGUCAACCUCACCAGCACCUAUGAUGUGCCGGAGAAAUGGGCCAAGUUCUACGCAGCAGAGGUGGUGAUGGCCUUGGAUUCCAUCCACUCCAUGGGCUUCAUCCACCGGGACGUCAAACCGGACAACAUGCUGCUGGACGGACACGGACAUCUGAAGCUGGCAGACUUUGGCACCUGCAUGAAGAUGGACUCGACUGGGAUGGUCCACUGUGACACAGCUGUUGGAACUCCAGACUACAUCUCUCCAGAGGUGUUGAAGUCUCAGGGAGGAGAUGGGUAUUACGGGAGGGAAUGCGACUGGUGGUCUGUGGGCGUCUUCAUUUUUGAAAUGCUCGUGGGUGACACUCCGUUCUACGCCGACUCUUUGGUGGGAACUUACAGUAAGAUCAUGGACCACAAGAACUCCCUAAACUUUCCUGAUGAUGUGGAGAUCUCUAAAGAUGCCAAGAGUAUAAUCUGUGCCUUUCUGACCGACAGGGAUGUCCGGUUGGGCAGAAACGGGGUGGAGGAAAUCAAACGUCACCCGUUUUUCAAGAAUGACCAGUGGACAUUUGACACCAUCAGGGACACUGUUGCUCCUGUGGUCCCAGAGCUUAGCAGUGACAUAGACACAAGUAAUUUUGACGAGAUUGAAGAUGACAAAGGCGACGUCGAAACGUUCCCCAAACCUAAAGCUUUCGUUGGAAAUCAGCUACCAUUUGUUGGCUUCACCUACUUUAAAGAGGACCAGUUAUUAACUUCUGCCAAUAAUUCCUCAGUCACCCAUGAUAAUUCCAAAGGAGAGUCUGCGGCGCUUCAGAAGAAGCUUCACCAUCUAGAGCUUCAGAUGAAUAAGGACAAGCAAGUCAAGGAGGAACUGGAGAACAAAUGCAGAGCUACAACUGUCCGUUUAGAAAAAAUAACCAAAGAGCUUGAGGAAGAGGUGAGCAGCAGGAAGAGCCUGGAGUCGAACCUGAGGCAGCUGGAGCGAGAGAAGGCCCUGCUGCAGCACAAGAGCCUGGAGAGCCACCGGAAGGCCGAGAACGAGGCCGACAGGAAGCGCUGCCUGGAGAAUGAAGUUAACAGCCUUCGAGAUCAGCUGGAUGACAUGAAGAAGAGAAAUCAAAAUUCCCACAUUUCCAAUGAGAAGAACAUUCACCUGCAGAAACAGCUGGAGGAAGCCAACACGCUGCUGCGGGCCGAAUCUGAAGCGGCCACGAGGCUCCGCAAAGCUCAGACAGAGAGCAGCAAGCAGCUGCAGCAGCUGGAGGCCAAUGUGCGUGAGCUGCAGGAUAAAUGCUGCCUGCUGGAGCGCAGCAAGCUGAGUCUGGAGAAGGAGUGCAUCAGCCUGCAGGCCGCUCUAGAGUCGGAGAGGAGGGAGCACAGCCAGGGCUCCGAGACCAUCAGUGACCUGAUGGGACGUAUUUCUGGACUGGAGGAGGAAGCCCGCCAGCAGAGACAGACUCUGUCGAAAGCUGAAACUGAGAAGAGACAGCUCCAGGAGAAAUACACAGAUCUGGAGAAGGAGAUGAGCAACAAAGAGAUAGAACUGACCUACAAGCUGAAGGUUCUGCAGCAGGAGUUGGAGCAGGAGGGGGCCUCACAUAAAGCCACCAGAGCACUGCUGGCGGACAAGAGCAAGAUUAAAGUGACCAUCGAGGGGGCCAAGUCUGAGACCAUGAAGGAACUGGAGCGUAAGCUGUCAGAGGAACGAGCGGCCAAGCUGCGGUUAGAGAACAGAAUCCUGGAGCUGGAGAAACACAGUAGUAUGAUGGACUGUGACUACAAACAGGCUUUGCAGAAGCUGGAUGAGCUACGCAGACACAAGGACCGACUCACGGAGGAGGUGAAGAACUUGACACUGAAGAUUGAGCAGGAAACCCAGAAGCGUAACCUGACUGUAAAUGACCUGAAGGCCCAGAACCAGCAGCUGAACAUCCUGAAAACCUCUGAGAAGCAACUUAAGCAGGAAACCAACCAUCUGCUAGACAUCAAGCGCAGCCUGGAGAAGCAGAACCAGGAGCUACGCAAAGAAAGACAGGACACAGAUGGACAAAUGAAGGAAUUACAGGACCAGCUGGAGGCUGAGCAGUAUUUUUCUACACUUUACAAGACUCAGGUUCGGGAGCUGAAGGAGGAGUGUGAGGAAAAGAAUAAACUCUACAAGGACGUACAGCAGUCUUUGCAGGAACUGCAGGAGGAGAGGGACUCCUUGGCAGCCCAGCUGGAGAUCACUCUGACAAAGGCGGAUUCAGAGCAACUAGCUCGCUCCAUUGCUGAGGAGCAGUACUCUGACCUGGAGAAGGAGAAAAUAAUGAAGGAACUGGAGCUGAAGGAGAUGAUGGCCCGGCACCGUCAGGAGCUGUCUGACAAGGACAUCACAAUCAGCUCGCUGGAGGAGGCGAACAGGACGCUGACCAGUGAUGUCGCCAAUCUGGCCAACGAGAAGGAAGAACUGAACAACAAACUGAAGGAAGCACUUGAAGAAUCUGAUAAAUCAAAGGAUUGGGAGCAGCAGAUCAACCAGAUGAAGCAGUCUUUUGAGAAGCAGCUGCAGUCAGAGCGCACGCUGAAGACUCAGGCUGUCAAUAAGCUGGCAGAAAUCAUGAACAGGAAGGAAGUUCGCGGCGGAGGCAGCCGCCGUGGAAACGACACAGACAUGCGGCGAAAGGAGAAGGAGAACAGGAAGCUGCAGCUGGAGCUGAGGUCAGAGAAAGAAAAGCUCAACAGCAUCAUGAUCAAGUACCAGCGGGAGAUCAACGAGAUGCAAGCACAACUAGCAGACGAGAGUCAAACGCGUAUUGAGAUGCAGAUGGCACUGGACAGCAAGGACAGCGACAUCGAGCAGCUGAGGAAUCUGGUGCAGUCGCUGAGCGUUCAGUCUAUGGACUCGGCCAGCGUCAGCAGCGGGCCUGAGUUUGACACUGAUGAUGCUUACGCGGAAACGAGACUGGAGGGCUGGCUCUCUCUUCCUGUUAGGAACAACACCAAGAAGUUUGGAUGGGAGAAAAAGUACGUCGUCGUGAGCAGCAAAAAGAUUCUCUUCUACAACAGCGAACAUGACAGAGAGCAUUCCAGUCCCUGCAUGGUGCUCGACGUCGACAAACUUUUUCACGUGAGGCCCGUCACCCAGACAGAUGUGUACCGCGCUGAUGCCAAGGAGAUUCCCAGAAUAUUCCAGAUCCUUUAUGCUAAUGAAGGAGAGAGCAAAAAGGAGCCUGAGUUUCCUGUUGAGCCGCUUCCCAUUGGGGAGAAGUCCAGCUAUAUCUGCCACAAAGGCCACGAGUUCAUCCCCACGCUCUACCAUUUCCCCACUAACUGCGAGGCGUGCACAAAGCCCCUUUGGAACAUGUUCAAGCCGCCUCCUGCUCUAGAGUGCCGGCGCUGCCACAUCAAGUGCCACAAGGACCACAUGGACAAGAAGGAGGAGAUAAUUACUCCCUGCAAAGUGAACUACGACGCUAAGAACCUUCUGCUGCUGGCCGCCUCCCAGGAGGAGCAGCAGAAGUGGGUGAGCCGGCUGGUCAAGAAAAUCCCUAAGAAGCCUCCACCGGCGGAGCACUUCGGCCGCUGCUCCCCACGUACCUCCAUGAGAGUUCAGUCCAGCCAGUCCUUGAGGAGGCCUAGUCGACCGCUUCCAACCAGUAAAAGCAGUUAACCCUGCUUGAUGCGUCUCCAAGGUGAUGCAGUUUGUUUCCUACGAAGUUCCAUCUGCAGGUCAGCAACUCCACAUCCAUCCCUUGCUCCAUCCUGGGAGGAAAGGCUCCCCACUCCUUUCAGUCACUUCAUAACAACCAAGCUUGGCUGCGUUUCUGUGAGCUGGAAGGCUUAUGAACAAAGUCUGCUGUGCUUCUUGAGAGUUCCUCCUUCUACAGAAUAAAAACAAAAAACAGGGAGAGGCUGGAUGGGAAUUCACUUACCUCAACGGUUCUCAACAGGAAACAGUGCAAUGGAUGGAGCAUGCAAAAACAAAAAAGCUUUGGAGGUUCAAACAGCCAAAAAUAAGACAUUCAGCUUAAAAACUGUGAACAGAUUGAAGGGUUUAAAGGGGAACAUGACACUUAAAAAUAUUCUGUUGGGUUUUUAUCCCAAUGGUUUUUUGUUCUCCACAUGAUUGUAGCUUUUUCGCUUUCCAAGGUUCUGGUAUUAGAAUCCGAAUUAAGGUACAGGAAGCUGUUACUUCACAGGAACUCAGAGUAGGAGGACAGAGUGAAUAACUCUCUGGUUGCCUCUUACUGUGAUUUGUCAGUGAAACACUUGCUCUGCCUGCAGUAGCGGUUACAAAGCGAGCAUCUUCUCUCCGAUGGCAUCAAAAGGAGGAAUCCCCACAUCUUAAAGAAACCUGCACUGUCCAAUCCAAGGGAUGAUGUUUACCGUGUUUUCCUCCUUUUUUUGUUCAGUUUGAAUGUAGAAUCUGGUGCUGUACCAGAGGCGACACCGGGCAUCCUAUUACCAAAUGUACUUGAUUAAAGCCUAUGUUUCCAUCAGCUGCUUGGAGCGAACCUGCAUGCUUUCCACACGCCUCCACCAGGGUGUUUUUUUUUAAAGCAGCAGCGACCUUUAAGGCAUGAAAAACCUCGUCCUGAGCAGCACUAGUCCACUGAAGGCUUUAUAUUUUUGUCUAUUAAUGGUAACCAAACUUUUAGAUUGGAUGCGUUGUGUGUUUGCGGCUCAUACAAGCGCCUGGAGAGUAAACUGUAUGUUGUGUACAGACAGCUCUCCUUUAACCAAGAAGCAUGUUUUAUACAUAUAAAUACCCACAAUUUAUAUUUUACAUGCCAUACUGUGCACAUUAUAUUAUUUAUACAGCCUUGUCCACUUUGUAUUUAAGGGCCUUUACAUCGUGAUUGCAUGUUUGCUACCAAACGGCUCUA